AGGUAGAUACAGGCAAACUAUAAGCGUUAAGAGGGACAAAAGAUGGCAGGGGGAGGGGGGAUGGUAACUUCUCUUCUUCUUUUUUCAUUUGACCUGUUCCGCUUUGUAUCGCUUCUUAGAUCCUCCUCCUCUGAGUCCUCUCUUCUUAUCCACACACUUUCCUUUCAAUAGUACUCUGUCGAAGGCCGCUCCAUGGUCACCGAUAACGCCAGGAACCCCGCGCCAAGACCGGGACCAAGACACGCUCACAACACCGCCGCGUCAACUCGUGCCCGGCGGGAGGCUUUCCUUCGCCACGCUCCUCCACCAUGGCCACCGCCCUCGCCAGGCCCAUCUCCUUCACCGACAUAGGCUUGAACGACCAGGACCAGGACGGCAAUUCAGCGCUGCUAGAGCUGGAUCGAGGUCUGAAGUCCACAAGAACUGGAGAGCAAUGUGAAGCCAUAUCAAAGUUUCCAGCACUGUUUGAGAAGUACCCAUUUCCCAUCUUGAUAAACUCUGCUCUGUUGAAAUUGGCAGAAGUUUUCAGGCAGGAAACACCAGGAAGCAACUUUGUCCGUGUGUGUGUUGUUGAGGUGGUGGAGUCAUGUGGAAGGCACUUGGACAAGCUCAUCAAUGUGGAUGAGUUUUUGCGUCGCAUAACAACUGUCAUGCAUUCCAAUGACCCUCUGGCACGAGCGCUCACCCUGCGCACCCUGGGCUGGAUGUCUGGUGUGGUCGGGGAGAACAGAAGGGUGCAGCACCUCAUCCGUGAAGCCCUCGAUGCAAAGGAAUCUGUGGAACUUCAAGCUGCUAUCAUGGCAGCUGAAAAAUAUGCUGCCAAGUCAAAAACAUUUGCCAUGAAUAUGUGUGAUAGACUCAUCCAUAUGAUAGGAGGACUGGCAACACCUGUAGAUGUGAAACUCCAGCUGAUUCAGGUUUUUCAGCACAUGCAUCACGAUGCUGAAACAGCUGCCACAGUAAGAAGCCUGUGUCUGGAAUUGCUAAAAGAGUAUCCGACCCAGCGUGUGGUGAUCACAACCCUGCACACCCUCACCCAGCUGGCAGCACACAUUUUGGUGGACAUCCCCCAGCAGGUGGACCUGUUGAUCGGUAACCUAGAAGGUGAGGCUCGGUUAGGCGUGCGUCAGGCCGUGCUGGGUGAGCUGGGAUUCUUAGCUGAGGCCGCUCCACAUGCUUGGUCUGCUGAUAACGUGGAGACACUGGUCAAAUUCACCAAAAUGCCCCACCAUAGCCCUGCCAUGACAACCACUUCUUUAUCAGUGCUGGCCUCCCUCACGGCAGCUCCAACACUCCCAAGGAUAACAUUGACCCCAGAUUGUGCCUUGGUUGAUCUUUGCCGUGAGUGUGUGUAUGACAGCAACAUCAAAGUUGCUUGCAGAGCCCUUCAACUGUUCACCAACAUUGCUGUGUACAUGUAUGAGGAACAGAAAACACUCCAGUUGUGCGAGGAAGCCCACUGUGCUGCAAUCAACCUUCUACAGAGUGUGUUUAGUUCAUCACAGCAAGAGGACCUUUCAAGUCCUACCUCAGAAGAGUACGUACCACCUGGCCUGCGGUCCUGUUUGGUGUGUGCUGUGCUGCUCUCUCAGACCUUGCCCACCAUCAUGAAUGACCUGGCUGUCACCCUCACCCACACACUCUCUGAUAACACUCUCACAGUUUGCAGUUGUCAGCUGGUGUGUGAGACAUUAGCAUCUCUUGGAGGAAGCCGAGAUGUUCUCACACCUCACCUCCCUCCUGUAUUGAAGUUGGUUCAGAAACUCACUUUGGAGGCCCCUCUUAAUGCACAUAAAACAAAGUUAAUGGUCACAUUAGUGACCUUGGUACUACAGGUGUUCCAUGGUCAUGUGUGGUCAAACCAGGCUGAGGCUGCUGUGGUGGCAGCCAGCAAGUGUGUGAACCAGUGGGCAGCUUUUUGUAUAGCACGGCAAGCAUCAAGAUAUGGCCAUCACAACAUUGCCGCUGGCUUGUAUGGGGUGCUGAGUUGGCGGGUGUGCUCAGACCAGCAGCACUUCUGGGUGUCUGCCCUUGCUGAAGUGAGUCAAGGUGAAGCCUAUCCAGCGACCUCUGGAGACAGGGCAGACAACCUCACUGCUGCCAACACUCACCUCCUGCGAGCACUUUCUGCCCUCAAGGCAUCAAGCUCGCCAAACCAACCUAUGAACUUUUGCCAAGAAUAUGUGAAGCUUCGUGCAGAAACUUUCAUGUGCCACGCCCAGCUUCUCCAUGCCUGCCUAUCUCUGCGCACAGCUCCACCCCCAGCCAUUGCAGCAUCCCUGGCCACAUCAACUCGCGAUGAUCUUCUCAGGUGUGGGAGAGUGUCACAGCAACUCACCAAGUCAGCCAGAGAUUUCAACACUUUGGCUUCACAAUAUGGAACACUUUACCAAUCUGUGUUUGAUGCUGACCCUCAGACAUUGUGCAACUUGGCACUUCUGCAACAGGGAGCUUUACUUGUGGCUCAGGGGAUUGAAAUUAUUACAAGGCCCUCAGCAGGUCAAUUAACAGAAGAUUAUUCUGGUCCUGAUCUCACUACAAUAACCAGUAAGCUUGGUGGAGGAGAGUCUAUUGAAACACAGUCCAUAAUAAGUACAUUAGAAGAAGCCACAGCCCUUGUCCGCAGGCUGGCUCAGGUAUCCUGUGAAGUUAAACCAGUAAGAGAACAGCAUCUGCAACUGCUUCAAGGCAUCUCUCAAGUCUUGACAAGCGUGCCGCUGCCGUACCCUCGUUUCUUUUUCCAGACCCUCCAGAAGACCACCAUAACACUGGCUCUCCUUCCACAGCCACGUGCACCAGGAGACCCCAUUUCUGUUCAGACAUCAUCACAGCUUGCGCUAAAGGUGGAAGGUGUUAUUGGUCAUGGCAAGAGACCAGGUCUGUUUCGAUCUGUGCGGUCUGUCACACUUACAGUUAAUUCCAGCCUAACAAGUCGCCCUCAGCACAGCACUCUGGAUUUAAAGAGUGAGCCCAAUGAGACCUUAACGCAGACUGUGGAGCCUCACAAUGACUUCUUUGCUGCACAGUUCCUGUUAGGAUUCCCAAUACCUGGAAUGUACCAAGUUAGUGUGGACACAUCAGUCACUGAUGACUCGGAUGAUGCCUGGCAAACAGGACCACGUCACACACUCCACGUCAAAUCUCAGGAAGACCCUGCCAGCAAGACAAAUGUAUCCCAGGUUUCCCGUCAGGUGCCGCCAUCCCAGUAUGCUCCCUCCACUUCACAGGUUGCACCAGGUCCUCCACCUCCAGGCGUCGGCGUUUUGCCUCCCAGUCAGACUGGAGCUAAUACAUCAUCACUUCCUCUGCCACAGUAUAAUAUACCCAGACCAGGUACAUAAACAGAUGUAAACAAAGAUCUUAAAAAAGUAAAAUGCACCACCCUGAGGCUCCCCACUGUAAUCAGUCCCCAAUGAUAGUAUCAACAGGGUAAUGAUAAAUCACCAGAAAGCAUGUUACUAUGUUCCCUUUGGAAAAGGUCUUCCUCACAGCCAUUUGGCAGCGCCACUGUCAACCAAUGACAUAUUCCCCACAAGAACUAUAGUGAAGCCAAAUUGUCGAGUCCGUUUGGGCGGAGGCUCCCGCGGGUCCAUUUCUCCCCUCUGCUUAGCCACAUAGUCCCAACACCUAUCUCUUCCUCUCAUAUGUAAGGUAAAGGUAACAUAUGAUAGGAAAAAAUAGUGUUGGGAUUGUGUUGCAGAGCGGAGGGGAGAAAUGGACCAGCAGGAGCCUCCGCCCAAAUGGACUCGACAAUUUGGUUGGACUAUAAUGCGAGUUCAAUCCCCGCCCGGUGCCACCAAGCUGGGAUUUUUCAGCCGCCGCCGAGUGGCUUAAAACUACCCACAUGCUGUCCAGAAGACCACCUAUCAACCCGGACUCUAGAUUCUAGGAUUAAAGAUGAGCUCCAGGAGGGCAGCUUGAGCCAAUGCAAGAUGGCGCCACUAUAAACACUCGCCUGCGCCAGAACGGGCUGGGCCGACCAUCAGGACCCACCGGCAAGAAGCCUUGGGCCGACCAUCAGGCCCCACCGGGAAAAAAAGCCUACCAUUUAUAAGAUCUUUGAUGCAAGUAACCCGAGAUUAUGUACAUUUUCAUCAUGUGUUGUCUCCCAUCAUGUCUGUCUGCAUUACCUGGUGUAUUUGCCAACCAUCUUUACAAGGAAUAAAUAAAUUCCAAGA